AUCCUCUCCAGCCGGGCGGCGGCGUCUCGGGGUCUGGACGCUGAUGCCACCGGUCGGACGGGUAUGGAGGCGGCGCGCUGCGCACCCGGACCCCGCGGGGACAGUGCCUUUGAAGAUGAGACCCAGAGGCUUCGGCAGCUGAAGCUGGACAAUCAGAGGGCGCUGCUGGAGAAGAAGCAGAGAAAGAAGCGCCUUGAGCCACUCAUGGUACAGCCAAACCCAGAAGCCAGGCUGCGAAGGCUAAAGCCCAGAGGUAGUGAGGAGCACACGCCUCUGGUGGACCCUCAGACACCUCGCAGCGACGUCAUCCUACACGGCAUCGAUGGCCCAGCUGCUUUCCUUAAGGCAGAGGCUCAGGAUUUGGAGAGCAAGCCUCAGGUUCUCUCCGUGGGCUCCCCUACCCCAGAAGAGGGCCCCGAAGGAAGUGCAGAUGGGGAAGGCCCUGUGGAGACGGCCUCCAAGCCAGACCUUCAGGAGAUUCUCCAGAAACACGGCAUCUUGAGUAGUGUGAACUAUGACGAGGAGCCUGACAAGGAGGAGAAUGAGGGGGAAAACCUCGGCUCCCCAUCGGCUUGUGCAGAGCCAGGGAGUGCUGCAACCAGCCAGAAAGCAGCCUCGGAGACAGGAGCUUCCGGUGUGACAGCCCAGCAGGGUGAUGCCCAACUCGGAGAAGUGGAGAAUUUAGAGGACUUUGCGUAUAGUCCUGCCCCUCGGGGUGUCACGGUGAAGUGUAGAGUGACCAGGGAUAAGAAAGGCAUGGACCGUGGCCUCUUCCCCACCUACUAUAUGCACCUGGAGAAGGAGGAGAACCGCAAGAUAUUUCUUCUAGCGGGUAGGAAGCGGAAAAAGAGCAAAACGUCCAACUACCUGGUCUCCACAGACCCCACGGAUUUGUCUCGUGAAGGGGAAAGUUACAUCGGCAAACUCAGAUCCAAUCUCAUGGGGACCAAGUUCACAGUGUAUGACCACGGUGUCAACCCAGUCAAGGCCCAGGGUCUGGUGGAGAAGGCCCACACCCGACAGGAGCUGGCCGCUAUCUGUUAUGAAACAAACGUACUGGGUUUCAAAGGUCCUAGGAAAAUGUCUGUGAUCAUUCCCGGGAUGAAUAUGAAUCAUGAGCGCAUCCCAUUCCGGCCACGAAAUGAACACGAGAGCUUGCUUUCAAAAUGGCAAAGCAAAUCCAUGGAGAACCUGAUCGAACUCCACAACAAGGCCCCGGUGUGGAACGACGACACCCAGUCCUACGUCCUAAACUUUCACGGCAGAGUGACCCAGGCAUCUGUGAAGAACUUCCAGAUAGUCCACAGCAACGACCCUGACUACAUAGUCAUGCAGUUUGGUCGCGUGGCUGAUGACGUGUUCACACUGGACUAUAACUACCCACUGUGUGCACUUCAAGCCUUUGCCAUCGGACUAUCCAGCUUUGACAGCAAGUUGGCAUGUGAAUGAGAAGUGUCAAGCAGGGGACUUCUUCACCACAGAGCCUUCAGGAGCAGAAAACUGCUGCCCCUUCCCCUGCCCCAGCACAAGAAGAGCAACAUUCUGCCCCUCUGAGGAAUGAUC